ACAGUUAUAGGAAUAAACUAUCAUGCCCAUUUGCGCUUUAGAAACCCAAUAUAAGUUUUUCAGAAUGUUUAGAAACUACAAAAGCAUCCUAAAUUUUAGUAUCAGUUGGUUGAUGGUUUUUUGUUUUCUUUUUUGGACAUCACAUCUGAAAUAUACAACAUGAACCAUAAUUUUACUCUAGACUUGGUGGAUGUUUUUUUUUUUUACAGAAUUAGAUUUCCAAUCAAUCCCUUUUCAAGCUGAACAGCUGAAGAUUGAAAAUACCACCUCUGGAAUCGGAACAGCGUCAGGAAACGAAGUAGGAAACCUUACCACCCAAGGUAUAAGAGAACCUGUUCCACGUAGCAGAACAGAAUCACAAAGCAGCAGAAAUUCUUCAGGUACUUACAUUAACAUACAAGUGUUUGAUGAACAAGUCCGAGUUGUUAAUUUUGCUACAAUGACGUAUGGGGAGCUUGCAAAAGGCAUAAGCUCUAAGGUCUUCGAUAUAUUUGAUAAAAAGGAUAAACCAAAUGCAAAGUUUAUACUACAAGACCAGGCAGGGAAUACCUUUGACGUGUACGCCAAAGUAGAUCCAACUUGUGCAAUCGUGGUAGUGGAGGCAAGCCAAGACGGUGAAUGGCAGUGGUGCAUUACGCCUGAUGGUUUGGAAGAUAAAUAUUAAGUGUAUGGUGAAGAUGACAAGUGGAGUUGAAUAAAGGUCUCCCUCUAAUAUAAGACCCUUUCAAUUAAAGACCAAUUAAAGACCACAUUCCUGUGUUCCCAAAUUAACCGAUGUCUUUUAUCUUUAUUAUUCUAAUUAGAGACCAAAGCUGCUAAAAACCAUGUAAACCCCAGACUCAAAAUUGGUCUUUAAUUUGAGGGGUAGAACCUCCUUGGUGGUCAAGAUUAGGGUCCUGGGUUCAAUUCCUGCCUCUGUAACAGGAUGUUUUCUCAUGACCAAGCAAGCUCCACUCCAUAAUCCUAAUAAUGAGACUUAUGUAGAGCAUCUUGUUUAUGUGUUUGUCAUGUGAAAAGGAUUGCCACUUAGUAAAGUGAUUUUAAUCACUUUACUAAGUUCGCUUUUUGCAUAUCCUUGGCCCUGAGCAUAAAAUUUAAAUAAAUGAUAUUUUUAAAAAAAUAUCUUUGUAUGGUAGUAUUGCUGCUUUCAUGAUACAGUUAAACUUGCCUAAGUCGACUGUGCCUAAGUCAAAUAAUUUCUAAUAUGAUCAUAUUUUACAUACCAAAUUAUUGUGUUUUCCAUUAAUUAACAAUCUGUAAGUUGAACUUUAUUAAAGUUCAACAAUAUUUCAGUGGCAUUUUGGAUUCGAAUUAGGCAAGUUCAACUGUACAUUGUAUACAUUUUUCUAUAGAAAAGACAGAAUUACGUUCAUUGAUUUUUCCUUUAAAAGGUCUUUCAGCACUUCGCGUUUUUAAGACCAAUAGAACAAAAGCAAUUAGAAGGGGAGAAACAUUGAACAACAAAACAAACAUUUACCGUAGUUCACUGAGUAAAAGGCCAUCUUGGGAUGGGGUAUACUUCCACCCAAUACUUUACUGCCUAUACCCGAAGAACUAUAGUAAUUUAAAACAUUUAACAAAAAAAAAAAA